CGGAAUAAAAAAACCAAUGAAUGUCCAAGUACACGUCAAUGUUCACCAUCCCCACUCAACAUUUGCACAUCUUCCCCGAAACCUCAAAGUCUCUUUCUCUCUCUAUGCUAAUUGCUAAAGCUGAACUGAAUUAGGUCAAAUACAGUAUUGGAUAAGAAGGAAAAAACAUGGCGGAUUUAGGUUUGAGUUUUCUGAUAGAGAACUUGAUGCAGUUGCUACGGGACAACGAGGAACUGAUUAUUGGGAUUAAGGAUGCGGCUGAGAAUCUACUUGAAGAUCUCAAGGAAUUCGAUGUCUUCCUCAAAAAAGCAGCCGCAUACAAUAGCGAGAAUAAAAUUCUAAAAGAAUUGGUCAAGAAGAUUAGGUCGGUAGUCAACGCAGCUGAAGACGCCAUUGAUAAGUUUGUUAUUGAGUCUAAGCUUCACAAGGACAAAGGGGUAAGUAGGUUGCUGGACCUUACUCAUUAUAAAAGAGUGAGGGAUGUGGCUAGUGAAAUAAAAUCUAUUAGAGAGAAAGUGAAGGAAAUCCGUCGGACUGAAGUUUAUGCCCUUCAAAAUGAAGAUCUAUCCGGUAGAGGUGGACAAGAGAGAAAG